CGCCGGGGGCGCGCAGGCGCGGCACCCCUGUUUGUUGGCCCCUGAGAAGGAGGAGGUACGGUCGAAGCCAAGACCGAGGCCGAGCCGGAGCUGACCCGGCUCGACUCGGGCCCAGAGCAAGGCGUCAGCCCUGCGCGGACUAAAGGACUCCGAAGUGGAUGGAGAAGGCGCAGUCCUGAGAUCAACGCUAGCCCGGCUGGCCCGGCGCGCGGCCUAUAGGGCAGGCAGGCAGGCGCGCCGAAGCCGCCCGGGGCCUUCCCGCAGGUCCUGGGCGAGGGGCCUAGGCUCCGGCCCGGCGACAAGGCCCGGUUCGGCCCCUGGGCACCACAGCCCCCUCCGACCGGAAGCAGGUCCUUCACCAGGGACACAGACCAGUGACUAGGCCGGGCCCGGGCCUCCCGCCGGGGCCGGGCUAGGGCGAGCCCCGGGGAGGCCCCCAGCCCACGUUCCUGCAGGCCGCCGCCCGCCGGGAAGAUGCAGCGCGCCCUGCCUGGCGCUCGCCAGCACCUGGGGGCCGUCCUGGCCAGCGCCAGCGUGGUGGUGAAGGCGCUGUGCGCCGCGGUCCUCUUCCUCUACCUGCUCUCCUUCGCCGUGGACACGCGCUGCCUGGCGGUCACCCCGGGCUACCUCUUUCCGCCCAACUUCUGGAUUUGGACCCUGGCCACCCACGGGCUGAUGGAGCAGCAUGUGUGGGACGUGGCCAUCAGCCUGGCCACAGUGGUGGUGGCCGGGCGUUUGCUGGAGCCCCUCUGGGGUGCCUUGGAGCUGCUCAUUUUCUUCUUAGUGGUGAACGUGUCUGUGGGGCUGCUGGGGGCCUUCGCCUACCUGCUCACCUACAUGGCUUCCUUCAACUUGUUCUACCUGUUCACCAUCCGCAUCCACGGCGCGCUGGGCUUCCUGGGUGGUGUCCUGGUGGCACUCAAGCAAACCAUGGGGGACUGUGUGGUCCUGCGAGUGCCCCAGGUGCGUGUCAGUGUGGUGCCCAUGCUGCUGCUGGCGCUGCUGCUGCUGCUGCGGCUGGCCACGCUGCUCCAGAGCCCGGCCCUGGCUUCCUACGGCUUCGGCCUGCUCUCCAGCUGGGUGUACCUGCGUUUCUACCAGCGUCACAGUCGGGGCCGAGGGGACAUGGCCGACCACUUCGCGUUUGCCACCUUCUUCCCCGAGAUCCUGCAGCCCGUGGUGGGGCUGCUGGCAGACGUGGUGCACAGCCUGCUGGUGAAAGUCAGGGUCUGCCAGAAGACGGUGAAGCGCUACGACGUGGGCGCCCCGUCCUCCAUCACCAUCAGCCUCCCGGGCACAGACCCGCAGGACGCCGAGCGGAGAAGGCAACUGGCCCUGAAGGCCCUCAACGAGCGGCUGAAGAGAGUGGAGGACCAGUCCGUCUGGCCCAGCAUGGAUGACGACGACGACGAGGCGGGGGCCAAGCUGGACAGCCCCCUGCCCUCAGACAAAGCCUCUGGGCCCCCAGGGAAGGGGGCUGCCCCAGAAUCCGGUCUGAUCACCUUUGAGGCCGCUCCCCCACAGCUGUAACCGGAGCGCCUGGAGUGUGGCACCGACCGCUCUGAGAGGGAGGAAGGCCUGCUGGGGUUCCGCGUGGGUUUCCACGGCCUUCGGCUGGUUCUCGCCAACACUACCCAGGAGUCCCGCCUGGUCCCACUGCAGACCCUGUGCCAGGCGCGGGGCCCCAGGCAUCAGCAGCCCAGGCGGGCGGCUGCAGGGACAGCGGUGCCACAGCUCCUGGCUGCCCCUCACGUCUGACACUGGCCACUGAGCGUUCUGAGCCCGGGUGAGGAUUUGCCAAACAGGUUGUGCAGAAGCCGGCAAGGGGCUGCGUGUGCCUGCACAGCCCCAGAAAGUCGAUGUUCACGUCAAGGCUGCUCAUGGCCCUCUGCCGUGGCUGACCACUUCGGAGCCAGCCAGCCACGCCCCAGGUAUUUUCUACAGGACCACUGGGGUGGGCAGCCAGGCCCAGCCUCGCAGUAUCAAUAAAGCAGUCCUUUGAGGCCUGACUCCUGGGCUCUGUCAGGCCACCCUGUA